CAUAAAUAGAAGAAAAUGCCCCACAUGAAUGAGUUCCCUUCCCUUCCAAGACAGCUGAGUGAGUUGACUUACGCAGAGUUGUCUGUUUCCGGUACGAAACGAAACAAAAACCACGUUUCUCAAUCCCCUGUUUCUUUCAUCUUCCUCCUCAUUUUAGUCCCCAAAUCUCCCAUCUUUAUCUUCGGUUCUCAAAUGAUGUCGAACCCAGUUGAACCAACUAAGAUUGAUGAUGCUGGAUCCAAUUCCAACGUCGAGAACCCUACUCCGGCUGUCUCUGCCAUUAACAGGCGUUGGAAAACGGAGGAUUUGUUGAAUAAAGGUUCUCUCUUUCUCAGAGGAUUGGCUUUCUUCUUCUCUUUGCUAUCUUUCAUUAUCAUGGCUUCCAACAAGCAUGGUGGUUGGAAAAAUUUCGAUCGCUAUUCUGAAUACAGGUAUUUGUUGGCAAUUGCAACUCUAUCGAUUUUGUACACCGGAGGACAAGCGUGGAGACAGGUGCUUUCGAUUUGGAAAAACAAUAACAUAUUAGAACAACGUAUCUCUGCCAUGCUCGACUUUUUUGGAGAUCAAAUGGUGGCAUACCUGUUGAUAUCAUCCACAUCCGCGGCGAUUCCAUUGACAAACAAUAUGAGAGAGGGACAAGACAAUAUUUUCACCGAUGCCUCAGCUUCGGCUCUCAGUAUGUCAUUUUUUGCCUUCCUAUCGCUGGCACUAUCAGCCAUGGUUUCGGGUUAUAAACUUUCAACUCAAUCAUACAUCUAAUCUAUAGAAAUCAUAAACUUUACCUGAAGCACUUUAUCUCUCCAUUGAAAAGUACAACCGCGUGCUUCCAAAUGUUCAAUAAGUCGAUGGGGUAGCAGCCAUUUAAACUCUGCCUGAAGUUUCACUUUUGUCAACCCUCCACAUGCCAGCAAGACGGCGGCUAGUCCAGUAGGAGUCAAACUUUUUAAGUGCAAGAUUGUUAUGUUCUGUAGGCAGCUAAUGCCAGCCAGUGACAACAAUCCUAUGCCCGUAACCGAGCUAUGGGACAAAUUAAUCUGAAAAGAGAAAACUAAUCAGAUUUGUGGGAAUGAAAGCAAAGUUCCGAGAAAAGGACAGAGUAGCAUACUUGUCGAAGGUUUUGAGAAAAAUGAGCAAGUGGAAGCAUUCCUGCAUCAUCAAUAUUAGGACACUUCUUUACGUCUAGCUUGGUAAGUUCCUUGCAUCCCACAGCAACAGCUGUUAGUCCUAAAGAUGUUAUCAUAGAACACCCUCGACUUUCAAGCGUCUUUAACCGUGAGCAUUUGGAUAAAGAUAGCAAGGAAUGAUCGGUAAUAUCUUUGCAGUAAGCUAUAUUAAUCAUUUCAAGGCCAGGGCAACCUUGUGCAAUUGCUAUAAUGCCUGAAUCUGUUAUUUCUACAGACCUGAAAACGGUAGCCUUGUUUAGAUAAGCAUGAAUUCUCUUUUUCACUGCAUCAA